GCAGAUGUUCUACAAUAUGUAGAGAAAAAAUAUUUAAACAAAUCACAGAAUAAUAAUGCAUUUGAUACCUUUUUGUAGGAGUAGUUUAUGAGUAAAUAAUCAACAUAUAUAGAGCUGAGUGACAUGGAUGGUCAUGGAUACUCACCUCCAACAAUUGAACGUAACAAAAAGGGGAAGAACCACCGUCACGCGGUGGUGGAUGAUGAUACGAUCAAGUGUAGUGGUAAGUCAUGCAGAUCAUGUAGUGGUGGUUUAAUCGCGGAUUGCGUAGCAGUCUGUUGCUGCCCGUGUGCUGUAGUAAACAUUUUAGCAUUGGCAUUUCUAAAGAUCCCCUGGAUGGUGGGAAGGAAAUGCUUGAGAAUGGUGAAAAAGAAAAAGUUGGAGGACAAGAAGAGGAAACAUGACAAGAGUAUUACUAUUACUGAUAGUAUUGUACAAGAAGGAAUUCAUGUGGAACAAGAGUUAAAAGACAGUUUUAGUACAACAAUUGAUGUAGACCAAAUUUGGUUAGACUUGUAUCAAGUUGGUAGUAUGGGUUUUGGCAGAGUUUCAUUCACAGGAACUAAUUAGGUUCAAAUAUUAUUUUCGCAGCGCAUUGCGAAAAUCCCAAUUCUUGAAAUUGUUCUGGAUUUGAGUAUUUCCUAUCAAACACAACUCCAUUUCCUCACGAACCCCGAGAAAUUCCAUUAAUGCAUGGUGAAAGAGUAUUUAUCACUCCUUCACAUUCUUCAAUGGUACUAGUUUAAUCAUAUGUUAGUGAGAUUAGUUAAUAUGUAUCUCUUUCAGUGCCAUUUUCAUCACUUUAUAUUUCUUCUUUCUGAAUUGUACAGUUAAUUUGGUGAUGUUUUCUUGGAAUAAACAUGGCUCAUUUCGAAGGAAAAUGAAGAGGAAUUUACUAGUU